GGAGAUUUCCGUUUUGCAUAGCCAAUAUCCGGUAGUGGAAUACUUCUCAACUCUGACUGUUCAUAUUCGUUGGAAAGUCGCUUCGUUCCCGCCAUUACGUGCUUUUUCUACCGUGUAGUAACUUGAUUACUGGAGGAAAGCACAAUGACGGACACUCAAUACUCAAAUUAUCAACAACAGGGGUACAAUCAGUACAGUCAGCCACCACCUUCUGGUGGUCAGGAUACUUCGUAUCCACCACCUUCUAGCGGUGGUGGUGGUGGCUACAAUCAAUAUAGUCAACCACCACCAAAUAGUGGAAGCAAUUAUGGCAGUUACAACAGUUACAAUUCCAGCGGUGGUCCAGAUUACAAUCAAUCACAAGGUCAAAAUUACAACCAAAAUAGUUAUGGCAGUGGAGGCGGUUCUGGAAAUAACAGUGGCAGUAGCAAUUAUGGUGGAAAUUAUGGGCAUGGAGGUGGAGGUGGAGGAAGUGGAGGCUACAAUCGUAAUAAUUCUGGUGGAGGUUAUGGUGGAGGUCAAGGAGGAGGUGGUAGCAGUAGAUAUGGAGAUCGUGGGGGAUACAAUGACCGCUCUGGCGGUAGUUACAACAGUGGCGGUGGCCGUGGUGGUUAUAACAAAGGGGGCUAUGGUGACCGUGGUGGUGGCAACGAUGGAAUGGUUACGCAAGAAGAUACUAUUUUUGUAUCUGGUAUGGAUCCUUCAAUUUCAGAAGAAGAAAUUUGUCAACAUUUUGGAGCUAUAGGUAUAAUCAAACAUGAUAAGCGAACAGGAAAACCUAAAGUAUGGAUGUAUAAAGAUAAAAACACUGGUAAAUCAAAGGGCGAAGCAACUGUAACUUAUGAUGAUCAAAAUGCUGCACGUUCUGCAAUAGAUUGGUUUGAUGGAAAAGAAUUUAAAGGCAAGAAAAUAAGAGUACAAAUUGCUCAACAUAAAAGUAACUGGCAGGGUAAUCGAAGUGGUGGAAGCCGUGGUGGUGGUGGCCGAGGUCGUGGAAGUGGUGGUUUUGGAAGCCGUGGAGGUGGCGGUGAUAGAGAUGAUCAUCAUCGUGGUGGUGGUGAUGAUCGUCGCGAUGGAGGUGGUCGAGGAGGAGAUUGGAGAUGUCCCAAUCCAGAAUGUGGUAAUACAAAUUUUGCUUGGAGGGAUCAAUGUAAUCUUUGUAAAAGUCUAAAACCAGAAGGUGCUGGUGGCAGUGGUGGUGGAAGAGGUAAUCGGGGUGGCGAUCGGGGUGGCCGAGGAGGUUUCAGAAGUGAUAGAGGUGGACGAGGUGGUGAUAGAGGUGGUCGAGGAGGUUUUCGUGGUGGAGAUAGGGGAGGAAGAGGUGGUCGAGGUGGUCCGAUGAGAGGUGGUGGAGGGUUGGUUUCAUAUAUAUAUAUAUAUAAACAUUAUUUAAAUUAAAUAUGUAAAUAACGAGUAACCAUUAUUUUUUCUCUUAUUAUUUCAGCCGAGGAGACAGAGAUAGGGAUCGUCAGCGGCCAUAUUAGGCACAAAAAGUGAUUAAAUCACUUAUUGAUGUAUUGUACACAGUUUGUACACAAUUUCAACGUAUGUACAUUUUUCAUGACCAUGUGUUAAACUCACUAUCAUCGAUUUGUUUUCUCAUAAUUUUUUAUAUUCACAAAAAUCGAUGCGUAACAUGUAAUUUUUGUUUUAUAUGCACAUGUAAAUGAUAAUCAUAUGUGUAAAGUUACAUUUUAAUAAAUAAGACUUCAAUCCUGUAACAUCAAA